UGUCGCGCGCCGUCCCGUCAUGUCGCUCCCCGAGGACGGGCUCGAUCUGUUACCCGCGGCGUCCUUCGACGUCUCGGGCGUCGCGCACGUCGUGCCGACGCGCCACGGCCCCGUCACCGUCACCGCGCAGGGCGCCGAUCGCUCGAGACCCGCGCUCGUCACCUACCACGACGUCGGUUUAAACCACCGCACGUGCUUCCAGCCGCUGUUCGUGUGCGCGGGACCGCGGAGCGACCUCGUCAGCAGGUUCUGCGCGUAUCACAUCGACGCCCCGGGGUGCCAGGACGGCGCGCGGGGGCGAGAUCGAGGCGGGGACGGGGACGCGGCGACGACGGCGACGACGCUGGACGCGCACGCGGAGAUCGUCGAGGACGUCGUGAAACACUUUGGAUUGCGCGAUGUGACGUGCUUGGGGGUCGGCGCGGGAGCGACGGUGAUGGCGCUGUACGCGGGACGACACUCGAGCGCGUGUCGGGCGGGAAUAUUCGUGUCGCCGAGUUGCGGACGAGCGAGGACGAUGGAGCACGCGUUGGGGGCGGUUUGCAAGUUUAAUUUGAAGCGUCACGGAUGGACGCCGUGGACGUUGAAACACUUGCUGAAGCGAAUGUUUAGUUAUCGCGGACUUGGUGGGUCGAAUGGGAUGUACGAGAGCGAUCUGGCGCAGACGGCGCGAAGGGAGAUGCGAGAGAUGAACCCGGAGGCGACGUUGGCGUAUUACGACGCGGCGUUGCAUCGAUUGGAUAACGAGCACGUGUACGCGUCGUUAGACAUAGACGCGAUGAUUUUGGCGGGAACGAGCAGCCCUUGGUACAAGGACACGAUCGUGAUGAAUUCGUUGAUGAAGGCGAGCAAGACGAGCUGGAUCGAGAUCGAGGGCUGCGGCACCGUGGCGACGAUGGAGGAUCCGCAGCAGCUCCUGUCGCCGAUUAAUUUGUUCAUCCAGCGUUUGAAGAGCCAAGGGUUGGCGUGAGAUUUCGACACGUCGGCGCUGCGAUAGCCUAGUACUUCUACAUCGACUACAUCGACUACUGUAGCUAAUUUCUAAUAAUUCUACGCACGAUGUCAUGCU